AUGAGUAACCAAGAGGUGGUCGUUCUGAAUGUGGGAGGUGUGAGAUUUGUAACCCGGGCUUCUACCUUGCAGCAGUUCCCCGAGUCCAGGCUAGCACGGAUGUUGAACGAUGAUGACCAGGAGUUCAAACUGGUGAAUGGAGAGUUUUUUGUGGACAGAGAUGCAACUUUGUUUAGUUACAUCAUGGACUUCUUGAGGACUCUCCAGGUCUCCUUACCUACUGAUUUCUCAGACUAUCAGAGGCUGCAGAGAGAAGCAGAAUUCUAUGAGCUCUACCCUCUGGCCGACCUCCUGAGCCAGGAACACUUGCUGAAGCCGAGGCUGGAGAUCUUGGAAGUGCAUUUUUCUCUCCAAGAGAUGCAGGCCUUUUUCCGGAUCUUUGGUUCCUGCAGUACCACCGUUAAGACACUGGCUGAACAGAUCUCUGUGUUUACAGGGCAGCAGUCAGGACAGAGCUGGAACAGUCCUUUUCCUUCUCAGAAACCACUUGUUCCACUUCCUUUGGAAAGACCUUCUCAUCACGACAUGGUUUUUCAGUGUGGUACUGACUACUCUGCUGGUGACCAGUUUGUGGCCAGGUAUGUUUCCAUAAAGCCCGAUAAUAGAAAGCUGAUUAACGGUACUAAUGUGCUAGGCCUGCUGCUUGACACUUUACUCAAAGAUGGAUUUCGCCUCAUAAGCACCAGGACAGUCUCCAGUGAAGAAAAAGUCGAAUGCUACGGUUUUGAAAGGAUGAAGAGGCCAGCAAGCCUUACCGUCAUGGUGAACCAAACCCCAGGGAGCUCCGGGGCAGCACAGGCAAAGAGAAACCAAGUGCAGAAAGGGAAAUAAAGGCUUUUCCUUUCAUUUUUUGAAGGUGGAAGAGGGCUGUGUCAGCACUAGUGGCCUUUUUUGUUGGGUUGUUUGAAACUGCAACUAUUGAGGGAAGUAACAAACAAACAAUUUCUUUUUUUUCUCCCAAGUAUUCGGGAAAAAAAUUGCUUUCCUGCCUUUUACUGCUCCACCCUCUUCAACUCUAAAUAAAAGAGCCACAGAUUCAAUACGGGUUUUGUGGACCA